AUGGUCAAGGCAAAUGUCGGGGGAAACCCCGAGCCGGGAAUCUACAGCGCAACCUAUAGCGGUAUUCCAGUAUGGGAGUUUCAGUUUGGCGUCGAUCUCAAGGAGCAUGUAAUGCGCCGUCGCCAUGAUGACUGGGUCAACGCCACACAUAUCCUCAAGGCCGCUGGCUUCGACAAACCCGCCCGAACGAGAAUCCUGGAGCGCGAGGUACAAAAGGACACCCAUGAGAAGAUUCAAGGAGGAUACGGAAGAUACCAGGGCACCUGGAUCCCCCUCGAACAAGCAGAGGCCCUCGCUCGCCGCAACAACAUCUACGAACGAAUAAAACCCAUAUUCGAGUUCACACCGGGCAACGAAAGCCCUCCUCCCGCACCUCGACACGCCAGCAAGCCAAAGGCCCCCAAGGCCAAACCUGCUGUUCCCACAUGGGGCAGUAAGUCGGCAAAGAACGCCAACAACAACCCCCCUCAGCCUGGCAGCUUCUUACCAGCAGGUCGCAAAGGUGUUCCCGUACCAGCAGCACAAGACUACAACGAUGGCGAUACCCACAUGCACGAAGACGACACACCCGAUAAUCUAACCGUUGCCUCGGCCUCCUACAUGGCCGAGGACGACCGAUACGACCAUUCACACUUCUCGACCGGGCACAGGAAACGGAAGCGAGACGAGUUGAUAGAGGACGUUACAGAGCAGCAACAUGCGGUCUACGGUGACGAACUACUGGACUACUUUCUGCUCUCUAGGAACGAGCAACCUGCCGUGCGACCCGACCCUCCUCCCAACUUCAAGCCCGACUGGCCCAUCGAUAACGAGCGUCACACAUGUCUUCACUGGGCCUCUGCCAUGGGCGACGUCGAUGUCAUCAGGCAGUUGAAGAAGUUUGGAGCGAGCUUGGACACACAAAACGUACGAGGAGAGACGCCGUUUAUGCGAGCGGUGAACUUUACCAACUGCUUCGAGAAGCAGACGUUUCCACAGGUCAUGAAGGAGCUGUUUUCUACCAUCGAUUGCCGGGACUUGACAGGAUGCACCGUCAUACAUCACGCUGCUGUGAUGAAGAGUGGCCGGGUCAACAGCCAGUCCUGCUCGCGGUACUACCUCGACAUCAUUCUCAAUAGGCUACAGGAGACACACCACCCCGAGUUUGCACAACAGCUUCUCGAUGCCCAGGACAACGAGGGUAACACGGCCGUCCACCUGGCCGCCAUGCGCGAUGCCCGAAAGUGCAUUCGGGCUCUCCUCGGCCGGGGCGCCAGCACCGACAUUCCCAACAAGCAAGGCAUUCGCGCCGAGGAGCUGAUAAAGGAGCUCAAUGCCUCUGUCAGCAAAUCACGCUCCAACCUCCCACCACGAUCCUCCAGCCCCUUUGCCCCCGAUACCCAACGCCACGAUGCCUUCCACGACGCCAUCUCCGAGCCCAUGGCCAUGAGCCGGAAGAGCUCGCAGCAGACCUACAGCAGCGAGGCAGCCACUACCGUGCAAAAUUGCACCCCGUUGAUCCUCCAGAAGCUCAAGGACCUGACGGCCUCGUACGAUUCCGAGUUCAAGGAAAAGGACGAAGCCGAGAAGGAAGCCCGACGCAUCCUCAACAAGACCCAGUCAGAGCUCAAAGCCCUCACCGCCUCCAUCGACGACUACAACUCCCGCCUCGAGUCGGACGACGUAGCCGCCAAGACGGCCGCGGAGAUGGCCACGGCGCGACAUAAGGUGUUGGCGUUCGUGACGCACCAGAACCGCAUAUCCGUGCAGGAGGCCGUGAAGCAGGAGCUGGCCGCACUGAACGGUUCUGUUACGAACGGCACCUCUACAAAUUCCAAAUCCAGCCCUAACAAGAAACCCAAACUCUCCCCUUCCCCAGCAGACAACAAACCGCCCAAAGACGAAAACGAAACCGAGUCAGAAGCCGAACACCCCGAACCAGCUGCAACACAACAACCAGGCCCAUCCUCCCAAGACACCGAAGUCCCAGACCAGGACCAAGACGACGAAUCAGAAGACGAUUACACCACCCGCCUCUCCCUCGCCGCCGAACUGCGCUCCAUCCUCCAGGAACAGCGCUCCGCAGAAAACGACUACGUCGAAGCCCGCGGCAUGCUAGGCACAGGCGAGCGCAUCGACAAGUACAAACAUUUGCUCAUGUCAUGCUUACCUCCCGACGAGCAAGAGAACCUGGAGGAGAACCUCGAGGAGAUGAUCAAGUUGAUGGAGCAAGAGGAUGAGAGCGUUACUGACUUGCCGGCUGGUGGUGGUGGUGGUGGUGGUGGCAAUGCCGACCAUCCAGGAGGAGGUGGCGGGAGUAACGGACGGCGGGAGAACGUGUUACCUGCGCUGAGAGGUGGAAACGGUGACGGAGAAUUGCCGAGGAGGGGGAGUAGACCUGCUGGUGCUGGUGCUGGUGCUGGUGCUGGUGCUGGUGCUGGCCAGGUGGAUGGAAAUGGUGCCAAUGAAGGAAGGACAGAGAGGACCGAACGAAUCCAAGAAAUCGCGGCUGUUUAG